UUAACCGGAACACAGAAGACCACCAACCUUUCCCGUAUCCUGGCGAAUAGCCAUGCGAAUAACUGAGAAGUGCGGUGGAAGAUAAAAACAACAGCACAGCACGGGUUAAAAUCUUGUAUUUCUUUCUAAAGUCGCCUUUGCUGAUGUCCUUGUGGUUCGUGUGACUUCCGGUUGGAGGAGCUGGCUGAGCAGAGCUGCUAACAGUGUUUCGUUAGACACCAGGACCAAGUUAGGCUUGUGAUUUCUGGUAACUUGUGAGGCUCGAUGAGGAAACCCAGCCCUCCUUCAGAGUGGUAAACAAGACCUCAGGCUCCCGCCGAGUUAGACAGCUGGUUGUUACGUAAAGAAGGUAGCAGGAUGACAGAGGAUGCCGUCCUGCUGAGUGUUCCCAUCAUCCGGCAGCUGUACCACUGGGACUGCGGCUUAGCCUGCUCCAGGAUGGUCCUCAAGUAUCUGCACCCCGUGAGUGAUGAGGACUUCCAGACAGCAUGCUGGGAGCUGAAGCUGACUGAGAGCGUGUGGACUAUAGACCUGGCCUACCUCAUGUGUCAUCUAGGAGUCAAACACUGCUUCUGCACACAGACCCUGGGUGUCGACAAGGGCUUUAAAAACCAGUCCUUUUAUAAGAAGCAUUUUGACACAGAAGAAGACCGAGUGAACAAGCUCUUCUGUAAGGCAGAAACCACAGGUGUGGUGGUGAAGAAAUGCUCGGUGACAAUUCAGGAAAUCCAGUCCCAUCUGGAGCAGGGCCAUGUGGCCGUGGUGCUGGUGAACGCCGUGGUCCUGACCUGUGAGCUGUGCUCCUCACCUGUCAAAUACUGCUGCUUCCUCCCUGUGGGACAGAAGUGCUUCUGCAGGAAACCUGAGUACCAGGGUCACUUUGUGGUUGUGUGCGGCUUCAACAGAACCACCGGCUGCGUCUUCUACAACAACCCUGCCUAUUCUGACCGAGUGUGCUGCACCAGCAUCAGUAACUUUGAAGAGGCCAGGCGGAGCUAUGGGACAGACGAAGACAUCCUCUUGGUUUUUAAGGACAGUUGAUGGACGGACGAGAUGGUGUGAUCAGUACCGCUUCAGCGCACUGGCGCCCCCUGCUGUCUGUACAUGUAUAGAGAUAUUAUAUAUGAGUACACAUUUCUAUACAAAAUCCAAACUGUUCACCUUGGACGGAUCCUCAGCAGGAAGACGUUCUGAGAUGAGAUAUUUUUCUACUGGAUGGUUUAGGACGAGCAGAUGGUCCAAAUGAGUUUUACUGUUUUUGUAUUUGUUCCCAGAUUAGAUCAGUCGUGCAGCGCUGAGGCCUAGAAUGUGGACUAGCAGGAAGGGAGGCAUACCUCAGGGCUCGUUGACCUCUAGUGUUGUCCAGUGAAUCUUUUCUCCUGUGUUUGCUGUGUGUUGAUGUGAAGCCGCCAGCCUCACCUCAGCUAAACCGUACGAUCCAAACGACCAUGAGCAGGGAAACAGGAAGUAGCGGCAUCUCAGGUAAUCGGUGUUCACAAGUGUGUGCACCAGCCGUCAGCCAGCAGAAGAACAUGAACACGUGCGUUCGUUGAUUUUACUCACCUUACAACCAGCUUGUCUUUGCUGCCAUAGCAACGGGUUAGGGGGGGGGGGGGGGAUCUUAACACUAAAUGAUUUCCUCAUUAAAUCGGUUUUAUUUAGACUUUUAAAGCUGCAAGGAUGUAAAUUUGCACUACAUUUUCAAACCAAUUGUGUUAUUUAAAUGUGAAUGUUUGUUUUUUUUAUUUUUUGGCUCUAAAUCUACUCAUGGACAUACGUUUGUGCUGUGUGGUGGAAAAAAAGGCACAUUUUAAACCACAAUUCUUGUUUUUAUUCAACAUAGAAAUUCUUUUAUUAGAUGUUGUGAUUAAAAGAUUCAAACUUUU